UGGAGUAUGUGUUUUUUUAAGUGUAUGAUGAUGCUUUUCUAUUAUUUUAGAUCUGGAAUUGGCGACUUAAAUUUUACAAAAAUCCAUUGAAAGAGAAAAUCGCUUGCUUGCGUUUAGGCUGAUAAGAGAAAAUCCACAAGUUGCUGGCUGUUCAGGUGGUGCAACUAAUUCAAACUGCACCUCAACACUCACAACCUCAAGACAGUUUUGAUGAAAUGGGCAUAAUUGGGGAAAAAGCAUCUGAUCUCACCGAUAAGUCUAUGCUCUCAAAUAGAUGGUCUAAUAAGGAAGUAAAACUCCUAAUAACAUUAUAUAGGAAAAAUUUACCAAAAUUUAAAGAAAAAAAUUUCCGUCCAAAGGCAAUCGUCUCUGAUAUAUCGAAAGAGUUUACAAGAUUCACUGAGAAUCAAAUUGAAACAAAAAUUAAAAAUUUAAAAAAAAACCCACAAGAUAAUAUUGACAACAAAAGUACUAAGCGAGGAAAAAUCACAUGGCCUUAUUUUGACUAGAGGAACGAAAUUUUCAGCGAUGAUCCUGAAAAUGAACCAAUCAGCAUUGCAUCAAGAUCAGCCGGGGUUCAAACUC